AUGUCUGCACAAGAAUAUCCCCCGAAGCUGAAAGCUUCUUUCGAAGCGACCAAGGUCAGCUAUAAGCAACUUGGAAAGAGUGGUUUGCGUGUCUCCGUACCCAUUUUCGGAUGCAUGAGCUUUGGCGACCCUAGGACGCUAUCUUGGGCAAUUGGAGAGGAAGAGGCCCUUCCCCUCCUUAAGGCUGCGUACGACAAAGGUUUGAACACGUGGGACACUGCCAAUGUGUAUUCCAAUGGCAAAUCUGAGGAAAUCGUCGGGAAAGCAAUCAAGAAGUAUGACAUCCCGCGUGAGAAGGUUGUCAUCAUGACGAAAUGCCACUGGGCCGUCGGUGAAGAGCCUGAAACUCGUCAUAUCACGUACAAGGAUGCUAUCGAGGUGUCAAAAGACUACCAAAACAUGUUUGGGUUGUCACGAGCUGCGAUCUUUAACCAGGUCGAGGCGUCCCUCAAGAGACUUGACACGCCGUACAUCGACCUGUUGCAAAUCCAUCGCUUCGACAAGGUUACACCGAUUGAGGAGACCAUGAAAGCUCUACACGAUUUGGUGCAGUCUGGCAAAGUGAGAUAUAUCGGUGCGAGCAGUAUGUGGGCUACCCAAUUUGCACAACUACAGUUCUGCGCCGAGCGCAAUGGGUGGACCAAGUUUGUGAGCAUGCAAAACCACUAUAACCUUCUUUACCGCGAGGAGGAGCGUGAGAUGAAUCGCUUUUGCAAUGAUACGGGCGUGGGCUUGAUUCCGUGGGCACCGCUUUGCCGAGGUCAUUUGGCACGACCUCCAACUGACUUUGGAAGCACGGCGCGAAGCAAGCAAGAGAAGGAGGGAUCGCCAGGAAGUCACGGCACAGUCGAGCCGGAUAUUACCAUCAUAAAGCGUGUCGUGGAGCUCGCAGAGAAACAUGACUGGCCGAUGGCUCAUGUUGCACUGGCUUGGAUCAACAAGCGAGUAGCGAGUCCAAUCAUUGGGUUCAGCAGCGUCCAAAGAAUUGAUGAGGCCAUAGCAGCGAAGGGGAAAGAGCUCACACCUGAGGAAGAAAAGUAUCUCGAGGAGCUGUACCAACCCAAGGCAAUUGCUGGGCAUUCUUGA